CCAAGAAAACAUGGGUUUAGUUCAGUGUGAGGAAGACUCGUGCCAACACCACGUCCUUCCUUUUCCAUUCAUGGCCAAAGGCCACACCACUCCCCUCCUCCACUUUGGUCGCCUCCUCCUCCGCCGUAACACUUCGGAUUCGGUCACCGUUAUCACAACCCCCGCCAACCUCCCAUUUUUAACCGAAUCCCUUCAAAACACCACCGCUUCCAUAAUCGACCUCCCAUUCCCUGCCAACGUCCCCGAAAUCCCCGCCGGCGUCGAGAGCUCCGAUAAACUCACUUCCAUGUCCCUGUUCUGCAAGUUUGCCUCCGCCACGGUGCACAUGCAGCCCCAUUUCGAACGAUUGCUGGAGACUCUUUCGAGUGUAAGCUGUUUAGUUUCUGACGGCUUCUUAUGGGGGACCCUGCACUCGGCUUCCAAGUUCGAUAUUCCCAGACUGGAGUACUCCGCCACCAGCACUUACGCAGAGUCGGAUCAGAAACCACACUACUAUGUGGGGCCUUUAUGCCUGGACGAAGAGCCGAGGAAUAAGUUUAGCGAAGAACCUAGAAAACCAACAUGGAUGGAGUGGUUAGACAAAAAGCAGGAAGUCCUGUACGUUGCAUUUGGGUCGCAAGCCGAGAUAUCAAGCGAACAACUAAAAGAAAUAGCCACGGGAUUGGAAGAAUCGAAGGUGGAGUUUAUGUGGGUGGUGAGGAAGAAAGAGUGGGAGCUACCUCAGGGGUUCGAAGAAAGAGUGGAAGAGAGAGGGAUUAUAGUGAGAGAGUGGGUGGACCAGAGAGGAAUACUGAUGCACAAGAGUGUGAAGGGGUUCCUGAGCCACUGCGGGUGGAAUUCAGUGCUGGAAGCUAUAUGCGGAGGAGUGCCGAUCCUGGCGUGGCCAAUGAUGGCGGAACAGCAUCUGAAUGCGAAAAUGGUGGAGGAGGAGAUAAAGGUGGGGUUGAGAGUUGACGCGUUCCAGGGUUCGCUGGCCGGAGAAGGGGUAAGCAAAAUGGUGAGAGAGCUGAUGGAAGGAGAGAACGGGAGAGAGGUGAGGAGGAAGGUGGCGGAGUUGGCGGAGAAGGCGAAGAAGGAGGUGGUUGAGGGUGGCUCGUCUUGGCGAGCCUUAGACUCACUGUUUGUGGAGGCAUGCCGGACGGAAUCCUCCAUGAAUGGUGUAUAAUUGAUACGAGUUGGAGACUGCAGCAAUAUAUUUGUCUCCAUCACUCCUCUCAU